AUGGGUGGAGACUCACUAGCGUGUGACAGACAGCUAAGGGAGGGGGCGGAGCUGAACACGACCCUGGCGCUGAGGGCAGGGCUUCAGGAAGGGGAGGAGCUGGUGUUUGAUCUGGAGAAAGCUGUGAAGGAGAAAAUCCAGAAUUCCACCUUCACAAAGAACCACAUCAGCAGCAGAGGGGGUGUGCGGCACAGGGGGACAGACAGAGAGAGAGAGAGUUUGUCCUCAACCACAGAUCCAAUAAUCACCUUGAGAGUUUCACCACAACCCCUGCACAGUGACACGCUGCACUCAACUGAAGACCAUGAUGUAGAUGAUGAAGACGCCGCGACUGCUUUGAGUGACAUGGAUGUGUUGGAAGGGUCUGGAUCUGGUUUCGGAUCCAGUUGGUGUGUGAACUGUGGAAACAGAUCGUACCGGGAGGAAUGGGGACCUCAGUCGCUCUUCAACGGCACCGAGCUUGUGGUUGUUACAACAUUGUGCGUUCCACUGCUGCUGCUUGGACUGCUGGGAAACGCGCUGACCAUUCUGGUGGUGUGGCUCCGCCCACAAAUGAGAAGCACCACCUACCUGUACCUGAGCAGCAUGGCCAUAUCUGAUGUGCUCAUUCUGCUGCUGAUGCCUCUGGAUCUCUAUAAGUUGUGGCGGUAUCGUCCGUGGUUGCUGGGCAACGCCGUGUGCAAGCUGUCGAUGUUCGUAGGAGAAUGUUGCACCUUCUCGUCCAUCCUGCACAUGACCGCGUUGGGGGCGGAGCGAUAUCUGGCCGUAUGUUUUCCUCUCCGUGCACGUUUGCUCGUCACUAGAGGGCGUGUCCGUGUGCUGAUCGCCGGACUGUGGGGCAUGGCCAUGCUCAGUGCCGGGCCUGUAUUUGUGUUGGUGGGGGUGGAGGGUUUAGAGGGCGAAGCCAGUGAAUGUCGCUGCACACAGUACGCUCAGACAUCUGGUCUCCUGAAGGCCAUGCUGUGGCUCUCAAACCUCUAUUUCAUUUGCCCGCUCGCCAUUCUCUCCCUCCUUUAUGGCCUAAUUGCCCGCCGCCUGCACCUGCGCUCACACAUGCACCGCGACAAAGCACACCGCCAGACGCUCCGCAUGAUGGUGGUAAUCGUGCUGGUGUUCGUCUUGUGUUGGCUGCCGUUCCAUGUGAGUCGGACGCUGUUUUCUGUGUCAGACUCCAGCGAUAAGUUGUAUUACAUCAGUCAGUAUUUUAAUCUGGUGUCUUUAGUGCUGUUUUACGUCAGUGCUGCUGUGAAUCCUCUACUGUAUAACAUCAUGUCCGCCCGCUACCGUGCCAAUGUCCUCGCCAUGCUGCGGCUUACGGUGGGCUCCACGGACGAGCUGCGCCACAGGGCCCACACCUCCCCACUCACCGCCUCUCACUCCAGCUCACACUUCUGA